AUGAACCGUACGCCAACGGAUGCGAGCAGUGCUGAACCACAUGCUAGCGGAUAUGAGUGGCACCUUACACCAAAGGAUGAGAAACGGACCUUACAAUGUGAUCAGGACCUCAGACUAACGGAUGCGAGCAGAGCCUUACGCCAGCAGCAGGACCUCACGUUAGUGGAUGUGAGUGGGACCUCAAACCAGAGGAGGGGUGAUAGACAUUACGCCAGCGGACGCAGAUUGGUUUCUUUCUAUCUAUCUAUCUAUCUUAUCUAUCUAUCUAUCUAUCUAUCUAUCUAUCUAUCUAUCUAUCUAUUUCAGUCUGCACCACAUCUAUCUAUCUAUCUAUCUAUCUAUCUAUCUAUCUAUCUAUCUAUCUAUCUAUUUGAAGUCUAUGACACAUCUACUAUCUAUCCUAAUAUCUAUCUAUCUAUCUAUCUAUCUAUUUCAGUCUGCACCACAUCUAAAUCAUAUCUAUCUAAUCUAUCUAUCUAUCCUCGUCUCUUCAUAUCUAUUUCAGUCUGCACCAUAUCUAUCUAUCUAUCUAUCUAUCUAUCUAUCUAUCUAUCUAUCUAUCUAUCUUCGUCACUUCAUAUCUAUUUCAGUCUGCACCACAUCUAUCUAUCUAUCUAUCUAUCUAUCUAUCUAUCUAUCUAUCUAUCUAUCUAUCUAUCUAUCUAUCCUCGUCUCUUCAUAUCUAUUUCAGUCUGCACCAUAUCUAUCUAUCUAUCUAUCUAA